GCAAUUUGUAGAGUUUUCUCUUCCUAGCUGUAACAUUCUUGUGGAGAAUUGUGAAGGCCUCUUUGUAAAAGAAAUUAAAAUAGAAUGCCUUAUGUUAUACACUGGCUCAUAACAGUCAAAUGAAAAAUUUUGGAAAACAAAUAAUUUGCAGUUUCUUUUUAAUAGCAUAAUUUCUGUAUGCAGCAGAGCAAACGUGGCCUUGUUUAUGCCGAGCUGAUACACAUCUCUGAAUCGCAGCCAAAGACAAUAGGAGCAUGAAAGAACCCUAAUGCAUACAGCUCAUUUCUGGUAUUUUUUAAUUUUAAGGAUUCUCAAGACUUCAGCAAACUGUUUAAAAAGUUACAUUCUCUGACAUGAUGGAGAAACUGAUGAUCUUUCUUAGAAAAAUCACCUCUGAAUCCACAGUGGAGGAACAAGAGUCUCCACUCAGUAGUUCACAGAAUGAUGCAGUGGAUACUUUAGUGGUAUCUCCAUCCAGGAUCAGGGGUGUGACCUCCCCACCAUUCCAUUAUCUGAAUGUUUCACCUGUUGCCCUUUUUUUACUUCAACAUCUAAAUGAUGAGGAAUGGGAUAAAGUUGAGGAUUGCAUGCACAGCUCUAUGACGAGAAGUCAGUUCGCCAGUCUGUGUACAGAUAUUUCAGAAUGGGUGUCAGAAGCUGCCAAAAGAAUUACCUUGCCAGCACUUGCUCUAGUACUGGAUGUCACCAUCACUGACAGCAGACCUUCCUCCCCCAUACCAAGUUCUGAAGAGUCUUCUUUGAAAUCAGCAGCCCAGACUACAUCGGAACUCUUAAAUGAGGAGUUAGUGGAAAAAGACACAGAGAGCAAAGCCAUCCCAGAACCCCUCCAAACUGUUGACAUUUCCAAAGCCACCCCAAGUCAGACUUCUUCAAUCAGCCUAACCAAAGAUUUAACCUCCCAAAAGUCUUCCUUCUGCUCUCUGACCUCGCCUUUGAAUGUUGUCUCAGCAGCAUAUGAAAUUGUAGAGUCUUUUAUGGAUGAACUGCAGAGCUAUCCAGAACCAGUCUUAUCUUCCCAUAGCAGAUCACAACUUGGAUCUGACAUUUUCCUCACUGAAAGUGGGACUGCUGGCAGAGAUGUGAUACAGUCUACGAGUAUUGCAUCAUCUAGUGGUUUAAAUGAAUUGAAUUUAACUGAAGCUCCUUGUCACCAAUUUUCCAAAAUGAUUUCACAUGACAGCAAGGCUGACUACAGAGCUCCAUUUUCUGCUGUUAGCUUUCCAUCGGAAAUUUUUGUCAAGCUCUCUGACAAGGAAUUCCAGAAAACAGCAAGACGAGCAGUGAGUGAAGUUCUCAGAUCAUCUAAGGUUGUUCAAAGUCAGAUAUCUGUUCCUUUAUUAACAGAGGACAUAGCUGGUGCAACAAGUGCUUCUGUUUCCUUAAAUAUUGAUGCAGUUGUUGAUUCUGCAGCAUCUGACAUUGUUGAAGUACUUGUUGAAGACCUUCAUGACUUAUCAGAAUCAGUUCGCUCAUUCACUCCACAAAGCAGCACCCUUUCUGAAUCUACAACUAUACUCAGGUUGCCUGCAUUAAGUGUGUUUAAAAGCUUGCAGAGAAAACUAAGAGACAUGUUCACCCUCCAUCCGUUGUCCUUUCCAAAAACCUCUCCUUCCCAAGUUCCCACUUCUGUGGAGUCUUGCAGUGCAGGAACAAGCAUUGACAGCUUUGAUUUGGAGGCAGACACUGCAAUUACAGGGACUGAACGCAUGGCUACAAAUAUUGUGGAUGUGAUCCUGAGUAGAAUUAGUCAAGAUGCAGAGCAGAUGGCAGAUUCCAAAUCACCUGAAGAGAGAAAGUUGGAGAUGCUUCUCUCUACAGAAACCAUACACCUUCUGUCAUCUGAGCUUGUUGACAAGGUGUAUCACCUCAUUAUGGAGGACAGCAGUGCCCUUCCUGUUUUGAGAAUAGCAGUCCACAGGAUCAAGUCUGACUCGGCACUUUUAAAGCCAGGAGGUAGUGGAAGGUUGGAGCUAGCAAGAGAAGCUUUCUCAGAACUAGUUUAUGCCUUCACAGAGAAGUGCUUGAAACAGCUCUUGGAAGAAUGCCUUCGUCUUCUUCCACAUGACUUAGCUAAAUGUGAAGAAGAUGUAGUUUCAGCCAGUGCAUCUGAAACUGAGGUUGCAUCCACAAGAAGUACAGAGAGAUGGAAUUUUGGACAAAGUUUGAUAUUCAGAACACUGAGGAGUAAGAAGAGCAAAGCGCAACCUUGUUCAGCAACUGAGGACUCCUGAUGAAAGUGCUAAAAGUAAGCAAGUUCUCUUCUCUAUUGCAGCAGUUCAAGGUACUGAACUUCCCUUGACCCACUCAAGUGAGAAGGAUCCACCAUCACCUUUACUACAGAAAAGGCAAUUUAAUCUUUACAAGUGCUGUAUCAACCAUCCAAAAUUCAAGGAACUCCAGAAUGCAUAUUUACAGAAGAGGACAAUAACAAAUAAACAAAAUGCA